CACGGCGGGCGCACACACUCUCUCUUCCCAGGCGACGCCUCCCUCCCGCUGCAUCCGUCGGGCGUCGCGUCCGAUCCUCGAAACCACUCACGGUCGCUGCCGCCAUCGCUUUCCUCCCGCUCUCUCCACGAGACGGUUGCGGACCUCCGGCGAGCUCUCCAUGGUGGGCCGGGCGACGGCAGGGCUGAGGCGGACCAGCGGCAGGCAGGACUCAGGACUCAGGACUCAGGUCAGGAGAACAUCCCCAGUUCGUUCUCCGUUUCCAGUUCCACCUACUCCACCUAGCAGCAGCCAGCAGCCUAGAGGCUAGAGCGGGGAAACGUAAUCCCUCUCGUCGCUGCUGCUCUCUCCUCGUCUAACAUUAUUGCCCUUGUGCCGUGUGCAUUCGUCGUCCUUCCACCUGGGUCCUGGUAUAGUAUAGCUUGCUUACUCCACCUCGAGCACCAGCUGUUCGAUGAAAUGCCUAGCAAGGUUAACGUUCUGUCACUCUCUCUUAGAUUUGCACAACCUUGUGGAACAAUAAUAAAAGAAAAUUGUCUUCUUCCUGCAGUUCUAAAGAUGAUAUACUAAUAUUUUUCUAAUCUAACAGUUAGCUCAUCUUUUUUGUGCCAUAUUAUAUUAGAGAUAACAAUGCAUCAAAUUUCUUUCUUUGCAGAUUGACAAGUCGGCCUUGAUUCACGCAUACACUUUUGUAUGCUCUAAAUAAGGAUUGGAUCUGAAUAUACAUCUGAAUGGCCUCUGUAGUGUUUGGUCAAAGAAAUUUACUUGCCUUUCAUCUGAGAAGGAACAAAUUGGAUGAGUUAUCCCGGUAUGGUCCUUUUAGUUGUAGCAUACAGAGGAGGUGGAAAAAGCCAGUUGAUUCAGCAAGAACUCGUCUGGAGGGCAGAACAAGGGAUCAUAGGCUCGACAAGCUGAUGACUCAACUGAAGAACUUGAGGCUGGCUUUGGAUUUACAUGAGUUGAUAUCCCAGCAGAGGAACAGCUACGCAUCUCUCCAGCUCCUCUCCAGAUGGAGACACGAGAUUGGCCUAAACCUUGAGAUUGGCGCCUUCCUCAAGAAAUAUCCCCACAUUUUCAACAUUUACGUGCACCCGAUCAAAAGGAGUGAAUGCUGUAAGGUUACCACAAGGAUGACUGAUUUGAUUGCAGAAGAAGAUGUUGUCAUCAGGGAAAAUGAGCCUUCUGUUGUUAAGCGGCUGAAGAAGCUUCUCAUGCUGUCUAAAGAUGGAAGUCUGAAUACACAUGCAUUGUGGCUCAUAAGAAGGGAACUUGGGCUGCCCGAUGACUACAGGUGCUCCAUACUAUCAAACCAUCAGUCUGGUUUUUCUCUAGGUUCCCCUGGUACUCUGACAUUGGCCACUACGGAUGAAAAUCUAGCUAUAGCCAAUGUGGAAGAAUGGAGAGCGAAGGAGUAUACAGAAAAAUGGUUAGCUGAAUCUGAGACAAAAUAUGCUUUUCCUAUAAACUUUCCAACUGGCUUUAAGAUUGAGAAAGGUUUUAGGGAAAAGCUUGGAAACUGGCAGAGGCUUCCCUACACUAAGCCUUAUGAGAAGAAUGGAUUGCAUCCAAUCUGCAAUGUCGAGCGGCUCGAGAAACGUAUUGUUGGCAUUCUUCAUGAAUUUUUAAGCUUGACAGUAGAAAGGAUGAUUCCACUUGAGAGGUUGUCGCACUUCAGAAGACCUUUUGAUAUGGAGGUAAACCUGCGAGAACUUAUUCUUAAGCACCCUGGAAUUUUCUACAUCUCAACCAAAGGAAGCACACAGACUGUCCUUCUUAGAGAGAGUUACAGUAAGGGAUGCCUAAUUGAGCCUAACCCUGUCUACAAUGUAAGAAGGAAAAUGCUAGGUCUUAUUUUGUCAGGAUGUCGUGGCAUUGAUGAAAUGGACAGUGCAACCUGGGUUUCUGAGGAGCACAAUCAGGAAAGUGCUACAUAGAAUCACAUGUGUGAGACAGAUACCAUGAAUGACUUGUUGGAAGAUCAAGUGGCAUUAGCCAAAGAAUUAUCAUACCGGAAGGCAAUUGCUGAUAUAUGUUCGAAUAAAGAUUAGGCUUUGAAUAUCAAUUGACCAAGAUGAGUCGGCAGCAUCCCCCCAAAAAUCUCCAGUAGCCUUUGUUUCUCCUUCAAAUAUGUUGCUGAUAAGAAGUUUGUAAUUCUUGACAUGUCGGUGGCAGAGUGCCAUCUGGUGAAGAAUAGAAGAUUGUUGCAAGCUAAGAGUCAGCUGUCCACUCAGGGGCAUGCAUUGCAAUGCUUAGCAGUUAACAAUGAAGAGGUGCUUGAGGAGUCGUUUAUGCUGUGGACUGGUCUAUCAUAAAACCAAUUAUCAUUUCUCUCGUGGAAGUUUUUGAGGGGAAGGAACUCUGCUUAUUGUAAGACCUAUCACGCUAGCUGCAAUAGAAGAGACGAAGGCAGCCAUCAGAGGUCAGAAGCUAUUUCACCGUCUGAGCCCAGAGUUAUCAUCGUCCUCAAAGCAAAUGAAAACUUUCUGAAUGAAAGGUGUUGUUGACAAGGAGUGGCAAUUUCUUCGAUACACAAAACUCUGCUCGUGUCGUGUACAAUUACAUCCCUUGGUGUUAAAUUUGCAUGAUUGUUUUCAUUUUGUUGGUCAAUGCACAUUUCAAUAAUAAUAACAAUGCUGUUGUUUGGAAUAUGAUACUAUUAUUCCUCAGAACUGGCUUUAUUAGAAUUCAUACUUCU